UCUGAAACGUGUAUUGCAGAUUUGAAAUACUUUCCUAUGUGUGCAUGAGUUCUCAAAGACAAAAGAAAAGUUACCAGAAGAAAAGUGUUUGACGAGGCAAUGAUCUGUUACUUCUCUCCUGCCAACUGUCCUAACACUCAAGUGUUUGCAUGGAGGAGGUGGCAGAAAUGUUGUUUUCAAGAAUUUGUCACUGAAAACUUUCCAAUGUUGGUGUGCCUGUGUUUUAGAGAAAAACCAGAGGAGAUAAUCGUCAGACCAAGGAUGGGGAAUGGUGCCAGCAGCUCCGGCGUUAAAGGAGGCGGUAUACCUACACUGUAUAUUUACGGUUUAAGCGCCCCCGCCCGGGCGGCAUGGAUGACGGCAAAGGCCGCCGAGAUCCCGGUUCAUCUCAAAUACAUUGACCUAUUCAAGGGCGAACACAAGACUCCGGAGUUUGCAAAGAUAAAUCCCGAUAUGACCUUGCCAACACUAGUUGAUGGAGAUUUUACUUUGUGGGAAAGCCGCCCUAUAAUGCAGUACAUGAUCAGCAAAUGGGGAGGAAAGCAUUCCUAUUUGUAUCCUAAAGACCUUCAAAAGAGGGCCGUCUGUGAUCGACUGAUGAACUUUGACCUUGGAUCUGUGUACAAGACCGUUACAGAAUUCACAUACCCCCAGCUAUUUCAAGGAAAACCCCCUGAUCCUGAUAAGGAAGCUGCCAUGAAGAAAGCGUUCGAAUACCUCAACCGUCAUCUGGAUGGCGGGCAACAGUACAUGACUGGUGACAACCUCACAAUUGUGGAUAUCUCCAUGGCAACCAAUAUCUCACUGACCGAGAUCAAAGGUUACAAACUGGAACAGUGGCCAGAUCUGGCUAUGUGGUACCGCCGGAUGAAGGCCCUACCAUACUGGGCCGAGUGUAACCGAGGCUUGUACGAGUGGAAGUCUCCUCAGUGAUUCACAUCACAAAGACUGCUCUACGUAACUAAUUCACGUACACAACAGCUACACUUCUACCAGAUGUGACUCUGUGAUGAAGAUCUCUGGAUAAUCUCCAGAAAAAUCAUAAACACCUUGUAAAUUUGAUGAUCUUAUGCCAUUUAUAGUUUGAUUUAAGCAAUCAUUAAAUCAUAUUAAACAGUACUUGG